GCUCUCUCUCUCUUAAACGCACACAGAGGCUUGCUCGCCCUCAGUCGGCGGGCUGGGUGUGUGUUGGACGGAGCUCUGAGACAAUCAGAAGGAGCUGAGAGAGCAGGGAUGAGGAUGAAGAUGAGGAGGACGACAACGAGCGGCGUAGACCUGGAAUAAAAACUCCUGCACAGCGUCUGAUUUCAGAUUCAGCUGUUUAAAAAAGGACAGAAGCUUCGGCGACUUCAAAUCAAGACGAGUUUCUGUCCUUGAAGACAAGUCCGCUCCGAUUUGACAGACAAAUCCAGAUUUUUCUUGUUUUCGUUUGAUGACAGAAGAGUCUGGGUCGUUUUUCCCCCCCAUCUCGUUCUGUGCCGGCUGCAGAUGAAGCAGGAGAAGAACAGUUUGUGUGUUUUCUCUCUCUGUUCGGAGGCUGAAGCAGCAGAGCAGAUGGAGUUUCUCCUCCGCUGGACGUUGGUGUGAACUGACAGAAGACAGAGAGAGCCAGAUGAGAGCCUGAAGCCGCCGUAGACUGGAGGUGGCAGACAUGAAGAACCAGGACCAGCAUGGACGAAGUCACCUGGAGAGUCUGGUCUGGUCGGCUCUGUGCAGUCUGGUGUUGGUUCUGCUGGGACUGCUGGGCUCGGUCCACAGCUGUCCUGGUGUCUGCACCUGCUACGGUAACACCACUGACUGCUCUGCUGUCGGCCUCAUCUCUCUGACGCCCAUCCUUGCACUGCUGGACCACGACUCUCUGAUCCUCCGCCUGCCCCAGAACAACCUGUCUUCCCUGGGAACAACUGAGCUGUCCAACCUCAGCAGCCUGGAGCUCCUGGAUCUCUCCCAGAACCGCUUCUCCGCCCUGCAGCCUGGAGCCUUCUCAGGCGUCAGCGGGUUACGCUGGCUCAAUCUCUCUGCUAACUACCUCGGAGUGCGACUGGUGACCUCUGACCCCAACAACAGCACAGAGGUCUCUCAGAGUUUGAAUGGAAGUCAAGGGAGCGUUGGACUGAGCAAGGAGGUCUUCCAGGGGCUGUGGCGGCUACGAGGGCUCGACCUGUCCUCCAAUGGGCUUCUGUGGGUGCCCAAAGGUCUGCUGGAUGCACUUCAGAGACUCUCCUGGCUGUCUUUAGCCAGCAACCGGCUCGUAGCCCUCGACAGAGUCACCUUCGAGCCCCUGGUGGGGCUGCAGCAGCUCCAGCUAGCGGGGAAUCCCUGGGAGUGCGACUGCAAGCUGCGGGACUUUAAACACUGGAUGGAGUGGAUGAUUUACAGGGAUGGCCAGGUAGAUGCGAUGAAGUGCAGUCUCCCGGGAAAUCUGAGGGGGAGGGACAUCCGCAGCGUGCCAGCCGAGAUGUUCAACUACUGCCUGCAGAGUCCGACCAAAGAGGGCGCGCCGGGUUACGCCACCCGGCCUCCCUGCCCACCCGGCCGGAUCAGCAGCAAUGACGAAUGUAUUCGCCAGCGCUACAGGCCUGUCAGUGUCCGGCGAGCACACGGCACGCAAAUAGUUGCGGGAGUGAUCUGCGGCACGGUGUGCGUCAUGAUGGUGGUGGCAGCGACGUACGGCUGUGUCUACGCCUCGCUGAUGGCGCGGUACCAGAGGGACAUGAAGAACCGCGGUCAGCCUCUGAUGGCCGAGUCUGGAGCCGACACGGACAUCGAGGAUGGGCAAACGCCAUCUCCAACCUCGCCGGGAGACUCGCCGCCGAAAGAGGCCUGCGGCAUUGUACACGGGUAUCGAAUCAGCAGCUUCUGACCGGCUGCUUUCCACUGAUUUGAGAUCCUCCUGAGACGUUCUCGCCGCUUCUGCUCCUCAGCUCUCAUCACUGAUGAGACGACGUCUGCAGAGAGGAUCCCUGCAGCGCUGUGAUUGGGCGGGGACUGAUUGUUCAGCUAAUGGACCGGACUGGAUUCAGAGAGAGGGGAACGCUGCGGCACUUCUUUUAAUGUAUGGAUGCUCUGUGAAUUGUUACUCCCCGUACUGCAUCUCACAGCCAGCUCCUGAACUCUCCUGUGAAGCUGCUGUUUGGCACUUCUGCACCUUGACUUCCCUUCAUCCGUCAUUUUGUUCCUUCUUUAGAAAUAUGAAACUUCCUUUUCGUUCAGGCAGUCCAUCUUUGUAUCUGAGCCCGACAAGCACAAGCCCCAAAAGUACAAACGUCUUUGAAAAUGUGAACUCUCUCCCGUUGUCUGCUGCACACAUUUGUUUUAGUCCUGAUCAUGUUUGUGUUUCUGUGUUAUCUUUAAAACUCCCCUACUUUGAGAAAUGAUUACUCACACUUCUUUAUCUUGACGCCCGGUUGAAUUCCCUUCAAUCAACAAUAACUUUUUUUAGACAACAUUAGAGCUCUGCUGCUUUCAGGGAAAUGCUGCUUUAAGAUUCAUCACUGAGGUGCAAAUGCAUUCAAACAAUACUACAGCUGUACUGCCACCUAGAGGGCAGGCUUUGAGCUACAACAGCGUUCAACCCAGCACAAACAAACAGCUAAGAUAAACUAUUAUUCCCAGUAGAAAAAAAAGAUGACAUGUUAUGAUUCAUUCUGUUGAUAUUUUCUGUGAUAAGCACUUCAAACGUUUCAACUUUAACUCAAGGACUG